AGUUUAAUUCGAAUCACAUGACAAAAAAGAAUCAAGAUGGCGAGCCAGUCAACUGGAAUUCAACAAUUAUUAGCCGCUGAAAAAAGAGCUGCUGAAAAGGUGUCUGAAGCUAGAAAAAGAAAGGCUCGAAGACUAAAGCAGGCAAAGGAAGAGGCACAAGCAGAGAUUGAUAGCUACAAACAGGAAAGAGAGCAGCAAUACCGUCAGCACGAAGCAAAUGUAAAGUAUUUUCAUAACUGGACAAAUUUACUUUUACUUGGCCUGUCAGUUUCUGGCGAAGACUUAAAUUAAAUUAAAUCUAAUGCUAAAAAAAGUCAAAUAGACACGAAACAGAAACCAUUGUGAUCAGCAUUAACAAUUCAACUUAUAUAAAUAAGCAAAAUAUUAUGAAAAACAUUAGUAUCAUUGCUAUAAUUAGUUCUAAUGAAUAAUAUUACUUCUUUUUUUCAAAAACAGAUUCUAGGCUCGAAAGGAGAUUCUGAACAAAGGAUAGAUAAAGAAACGCAGAUAAGAUUAAGCGAGCUAGAAAGGGAUUAUAAUUUGAACAAGGAGAAGGCGUUUGCAAAGUUAUUAACUCUUGUUUGUGAUAUAAAACCGCAAUUGCAUAUCAAUUAUAAACCACCUAUGUAAAAAUGUGGAAUUAAUUGAUGGAUUACGUAGUCAAUUUCAAAAUAUUUGUCAAUUCCAAUUAAAUGUCAACGGCGAUUUAGUAUAAAAUUAAAUUAGUUUUUGGUCAUAAUAUUUAGGACAUAUAUAACAUAUUUUCAAAUAAAUAACAUUAGUAUAAAUAUAGAUACUGCAUAAUUAAAUACAUAUAUAUUGAUUUAAUAUAGGAAACCCAAGGAAGUAAUGACCAAAAACUAUAGUGGUUCAGAGGGUUUUACAGUUUAGUCAAAAAAAAAGAUUUUAUUGUCAUAAAUCUUGCUUAGACUCUAAAACGCUCCAAAACGUAUGAAAUUUCUAUUGUUUAGUUACACAAUAAAUAGGAUGUUGUGAUAAAUGAAACAAAGAAAAUCCAGCCUCUUUUAUUACUAUUAUAGUUUACUUUUGAUUCGCUAUUUUCAGGGAGCUAGGCAUAAAUUUUUUUAUACGGUUCAGUGUUUUUGUACAGACACUAUGGCCUGUCUAUUCAAAUAGAGAGCAGAAAGUUUACUAACUAGUUCUUGGAGCUUCCUUUUAAACAUGGAUCAAUCUUCAAUCAUCUUCAUAAUAAUUGUCAUAAUCAUAGUUUUACUGUGUUAUUUCCUAUAUGGAAAAAAUUUUACAAGCAAAAAAGAUUCCUCUAAGAAGAAGGCAGACUUGAAUAGAUCAAUUUCAAUCGAUAGAGUAUGUGAGAGUACGACGGAAGUUCGUUUCAGACGUCAAUUAAGCAAGAAUAAGAAAUCGGAGGACUGACGGAAAUUAUUGAAGUUCUGAAUGACAUUUUAUACUUAAACGAAUUAAUUAAUGUGCUAUUUGAUGCCAAUUAAAUUUUUAUGCAUUAAUAAAAAAUGAUUAGGCUUACAUAAAUACAAACAUACAAUAAA